CAUUAAAGAGAGAACUCGGCCUGACGGAUACGGAUCGUUCGGAGUGCGCGGCCUUUCGAGAUACUAAGUUGAAUUUUUCUUUUCGCGUUUUGUUUGUCUUCUCUCGUGCCAAAAAUUAAAAAAUAUAUAUAUAUGAAAAAAAUGUAUAUAAAUUCAAUAUAAAAAGUGGAAAGCCGAAAAUGUAUAAACAUUUUAAAAUAAAAUGUUUAUAAAUAAAGAAGUGGUAGUGUAAUUGUGUGAGUGUUCUCUUACUUUUAUUACGCUGGCCUUGCCAUGUGCAAAAAUUAAGUUUUCCCAAAAGCAGAGAGUCAAAAUACGGCCUCCGGUCCCAUUGAUAAGGUGUCGGCUUAUCAGAUUCAAUAGUGCGAAAAUAAAGAGAGUAAAUUGAGUGCCCAGGAAGCUACGAAGUGCAAACAAAGAGCUGCAACUGAAUCAUCGGAAUAUUCCAUUGAACCUCGCCAUGGACGGGUACGAAUAAGUAUCCCGAUCAGAACGGACCAAAGAGCGAAACGUAUUUCGCAGGAAGUGAGCAAUUGGCUCAAAAGCAGACGAAGAAAGGAAGCAGGAUGGCAUCCCUACAUCAGAAACGUCCCAGCAUUAGCAACUGGUUCUCUUCUCUGCGCCGCCAGCCUAAGAACAAGAAGAGCUCCUCCGGCCUGGGCGGCAGCGGCAGUUUUGGCAGCAAGCAACAGUUGCAGAGGAGCUGCUUCGACCUUUCCUCCACGGCAGCGUUGGGUAGCGGUGCAGUUGAUGUGGGCGUGGGCAUAGGAUACUCUAUAGCGGGCUCGCGCGGCAGCCGAAGCAAUAGUACAUUCUACAUUAGCCCAUCUUCUGGAGGUCAGGAGGAUCAGCGUCGUCUCCUGUUGGACAACGGCUGCAGUGGCAGUAGUGGCAGCAGCCUGAGCAGCGUUUGCACUCGCUGCUUUUGCAAUCUCCUAACGAAAAGCGGCGAGACAAGCAAAGCCAAAGCUCCCACGCUGCAGGCGGACUCUCCCAAGAUCACGCAGAAGCCGCCCGCCAAACCCCGCUCGCCCUCACUGGCCCCCUACACCAGUGUGGCCACGUACAAUGUAACGAACCUCUCGCCGGACAGUCCUCCCCCAGCUAGCCCCACCUUGAGCACGGAAACCGUAAGCUGCAGCGACGUGAGCCACAAAGUCACCGAGGUGCAGCGCCUGCCCUGUGAUGAGCCUAACACGGACCUCUUCAGUAGACGGGUUGAGUACAAGCAUACCACUACCACAACGACCACGAGGACUAUGAUAGUGUCCAGACCUGUGGAGCUGUUGCUAAAUCAAAAGGGCGAGAUUAUCGCAAGGAGGUCUCCGCGCAAAACGCGCUCCAACUCCUUGGGCUGCGUGCUGGAUUCGCUAGAUACCGAAACGGAGACGGAAACUAGCAGCGAUGUAAUGGGAAUGGACAACCCCGGCCUACAACUGGACUCCGAUCCCAGCUCGGGGCUUAGUUCACCUUCACCGCUGACACCCGAUGCCGGCGAUCUGCGCUUCAUCGACGACAGCUCCAACUCACAGAGCGAGUCCGAGCGGAACUCGCUCAGCCAGAAUCAACACAGAAACAACAACAACAACCAUAUCAACAAUAACAACAACAAUAACAGCAAACGGAGCAGCCAGCAAUCGAAUCUCUGCGAGAGUUGUCGCACACUCCUCGAGCGAAACCGCAGCAAUGCGGAGCAGAGGGAGAGUAAUGUGAUCCUCAGGCGACCGGGAAAGCAAAUCAAAGAUGAGUUGUGUGAGGUUGUCUCCGAAAUGGAGGCGCUGGACGUGCCAGAAGACUGCAAGCAUUCCAAUAAGGACAAACAGAUGUCAAUUGGCCGGAAAAAGUUCAAUAUGGAUCCGAAGAAAGGCAUCGAGUAUUUGGUAGAGAACAGACUGCUUCGUCACGAUCCCCAGGAUGUGGCGCAUUUCCUUUACAAAGGCGAGGGCCUCAAUAAGACGGCCAUAGGCGAUUACCUCGGUGAAAAAAACGAUUUCAACGAGGAUGUGCUGAAAGCCUUUGUGGCGCUCCACGACUUUACAAAUCUCAUUUUAGUGCAGGCCUUAAGACAAUUCCUUUGGUCGUUUCGGUUGCCGGGCGAGGCGCAAAAGAUCGACCGCAUGAUGGAGUGCUUUGCCCAGCGGUAUUGCCAACUCAAUCCGGAUAUAUUCACAAACACGGAUACCUGCUAUGUGCUCAGCUUUGCUAUUAUAAUGCUCAAUACUUCUCUGCACAACCCAUCGGUUAAAGACAAGCCAACCGUUGAGCAAUUUAUCUCAAUGAAUCGUGGCAUCAACAACGGCGGUGACUUGCCACGGGGCCUGCUGGAGUCCCUCUACGAGUCCAUUCGAACCGAGCCAUUCAAAAUACCCCAGGACGAUGGCAAUGAUCUGAUGCACACCUUCUUCAAUCCCGACAAGGAGGGCUGGCUAUGGAAGCAAGGCGGCAGAUACAAAUCGUGGAAGCGACGCUGGUUCAUUUUGAACGACAAUUGCCUGUACUACUUUGAAUACACCACCGACAAGGAGCCACGCGGCAUCAUACCUUUGGAGAACAUAUCGGUGCGGGAGAUUCACGACCGCAGCAAACCGCAUUGCUUUGAAUUGUUUGCAACCGGGGGCGCCGACAUAAUCAAGGCCUGCAAGACUGACUCCGAGGGCAAGGUGGUGGAGGGCAAGCAUACUGUGUACCGCAUGUCCGCCGCAACGGAGGAGGACCAACAGGAGUGGAUCAAGCGACUGACGCAGUCUAUUAGCCAUAAUCCGUUCUACGACAUCCUAGUACAAAGAAAGAAGAAGGCGCUAAGCAAGAGUUAAUAUUACGGUCGGACCUCUCGCUCGGCGCGUCCCUUUUGUCUCUCGGAUCUCAGUGAAUCUUUUGCUAAGCGUGUGUGGUGUGCCGCCCCUCUUCCUAUUUAUACGUACAUCCCGAAUAUUAUAAAUCUAACACAGUGUUUGUGAAAACUUCCCCGUCAAACCAAUGCCUGUAAUUAGUUAGUUUACCGUGUGUGGCUUCUCGUGCCCAAACAUUUGUCCUAGUAUUCAGUUUGAUCGACUCGAAACGAGCCAUCACACGCCGACGCUCUUCGAACCAUUAAAACUUUUGUCUCUAUUGUUGUGAUAUAUAAUUUAUUUACAUUAGGAAUUAACGAUAAUAUGGUAUGAAAAGCAUCAAGUUGCAUCAAUAGGAAAUACAUUUGUAAAACCAUUUUCAUUAGUGCAAAUUAUUGUUUAGUUUUAUUUGUACGUUAAAGUCUACGAGUAUGUGUUUAGCAUUUUUCUUACCACCUAAGUUAAAUCCCACCCACACUCUAUAUGUAGAUAUCCUUAGUUCUAUUGAAGAAAUCCCAUAUCUAUCCCAUAAUUGGUUUAGGUUAAAGCAACUCAGUAGUGUUGGUUGGCAAUUGUCGGUUGACCAACUACUGUGAGAGGUUUGCACCAGGCAUUUCGGAAAACAACGAAUCCCAUUUAAAUGUGUAAAAGUUUAACUAUUAAAUUAACAGAUCCCAGUGUAGAGAACGGUAACGGUACUGCGACGAAACUGUUGUAUAAAAUCAGCCAAAGAUUAUUAUUAUUAUGCAACACGUCAACGAAUGCGUCCUAGGAUGCAUUAUUUCGUAAAAUGCUUCUCUGGAGAUUUAGUUAAUUUAAACAGUAGGAAACCAGCCAUACACACAGCUUAAAAAAAUGAUACUUUGCGAGUGCCGAUAUAGAAAACAAUCUGUAAAUAAGAAAUGUUGGCUUCCCAAAAUUCAUUUGCGGCAUCUAUCUUAUGGUAGCCAUAAGAUGCUGUUAUUUGAAGUAAUAAUAUUGAAACUGUAUGUCGAGCCUCUGUGAUUUGUGCCUUGACGAGUGUGUAUGAAGUCCGCCUACCCUGAUCACAAGGCUGGUUUCGUCUCGAGACUGAGGGAUAAACUUGUUCGCAUGCACCUUGAAUGACAUUUACCAUUUAACCCUUCGGAUUUGCUUUUCCUAUGAAUUGUUUGCAAACACAGCAGUCCUCUUAAUACGUUUGCAAUAUUACCAAUAAUUUUGCCAACUCAACAUCUCUACUACUCUUUAUGCGAUAAACUUACUUUAUUCAGUGCGUACAGAAUUAAUGAAUAAUUUGUAGCGACAGUGAAUCGAAUUGCGUAGGUGAUCGGUGUGUAUGCCUGUGAAUAUGUGCGUUUUAGCAUUACUGAACCCAAACAAAUUAAUAAUUUUGUACAUAUUGAAGGGAUGAUUGCUUGUUGUACAAUAUUAACGUAAGCCAUUAAUUAUAGUUUAGAAUUUUGUAUUGCUUUAGCAUAUAAAAAUAAACAUUUAUACAAAAUAUUAAAUAAAGUUUAUUAAAUAUAAUGAAAAAGAA